AAGGUGAGUCGAGGCGAGGGCAGUAGCGUACGAAUAACGAAAACCUCGCCCACGGUAAGGAAGCGCUUUUAAAAAACGCGGUUUAGUGCAGGAAUGAAAAUUUUAAUAUGAAAUGAAGAGAAAUAGAAGUGGUUAUUCCUGUUUGUGAAGUAUUACAUGGAAUCUCAGAGUCAGAGAGAUCGCAGAACAGAGGCUCUCGGAGAUCUUCGAGCGCUUCCCGACGAAAUCCUCUGCGCUAUUUUGGAACGUCUCACUCCCCGCGAUGCUGCUCGCCUCGCUUGCGUUAGCAGUGUUAUGUACAUACUGUGCAAUGAAGAACCACUGUGGAUGAGUCUUUGCCUAAAAGGAGCUUCUGGUUUGCUUCAAUACAAAGACUCUUGGAAGAAAACUGCCCUGCAUAAUGAGAAUCUGCCAGACAAAUACAAGGAGUACCAUCGUGGACCUUUAUAUUUUGAUGGGUUCAACUCUUUAUUUUUGUACAGGAGAUUAUACCGCUGUCACACCACAUUGGAUACAUUUUAUGCAGAUAACGGAAAUGUGGAAAGAAUAAAAGACAUCUCACUGCAGGACUUCUAUAAUGAGUAUGAUGCAAAGAAGCCGGUUAUGCUUACUGGAUUGGCUGACACAUGGCCUGCCAGGGAUAAAUGGACAAUUGACCAAUUGUUGCUAAACUAUGGAGAUGUAGCGUUUAAAAUUUCUCAAAGGAGUUCCCGGAAGAUCUCCAUGAAGUUCAAGGAUUAUGUCUCAUACAUUAAAGUUCAGCAUGAUGAAGAUCCCUUAUAUAUUUUUGAUGAAAAGUUUGGUGAAGUUGCACCUAGCUUAUUGAAGGAUUAUAGUGUGCCUCAUCUUUUUCAAGAAGAUUUCUUCGACAUCUUAGAUACAGAUAAACGACCUUCCUAUAGGUGGCUCAUAAUCGGACCAGAGAGAUCUGGUGCUUCUUGGCAUGUUGAUCCAGCUCUUACCAGUGCAUGGAAUACUCUUCUUGUUGGCCGUAAAAGGUGGGCAUUAUAUCCUCCAGGAAAAGUGCCUUUGGGUGUCACAGUGCAUGUUAAUGAAGAAGAUGGUGAUGUCAAUGUUGACACUCCGUCAUCACUGCAGUGGUGGCUAGAUUUUUAUCCUCUUCUUGCUGAUGAAGACAAGCCAAUUGAAUGCACACAACUACCUGGAGAAACAAUUUAUGUUCCAAGUGGAUGGUGGCACUGUGUGCUAAAUUUGGAAACAACUGUUGCUGUCACGCAGAAUUUUGUAAAUUCUAGCAACUUUGAAUUUGUAUGUUUGGAUAUGGCACCUGGUUAUCGUCAUAAAGGAGUUUGCCGUGCUGGGUUGCUUGCUCUUGAUGAAGAUAGUUAUGAAAAUGUCAAGCAGAACAUGUCAUGUGAUGAAAAAGACUUCGGUUACUCGAAUUUUUCCAGGAAAGAGAAAAGAGCCAAAACUCAGAAAGAUGUAGAUGAUCUAAGUUACCAAAGAGCCAUGAAUGGUGCAUCUAGAAGCUACAAUUUAUGGAAAGAUGGAUUUUCUUAUGAUGUAAAUUUCUUGUCCUUGUUUUUGGAUAAAGACAGAGACCACUACACUUCACUGUGGAGCUCAGGCAAUAGCAUUGGUCAGCGAGAACUAAGAGAAUGGUUAUCCAAACUCUGGAUUCAAAAACCAAAAAUGAGAGAGCUGAUAUGGAAGGGAGCAUGUAUUGCACUAAAUGCUGACAAGUGGUUACAAUGCCUAUCAUAUAUUUGUGCUUUCCACAAGUUGCCCCCUCCCACUGAUGAUGAAAGGCUUCCAGUUGGUACGGGUAGCAAUCCUGUAUAUUUAGUCGGAAACUCUGUUCUUAAGAUUUUUGUUGAAGGAGGAUUGGAAGCUUCACUUUAUGGUUUAGGCACAGAGCUAGAGUUUUACAGUAUGUUGCACGAGGUCAAUUCCCCUCUCAGGAAACAUAUUCCUAAUGUUUUGGCCACUGGGAUUAUCUAUAUUGAAGAUGGAUCUUAUACCAUUUUAAGUUGGGAUGGGAAAGGAGUCCCUGAUGUCAUUGUUAAGAGCAAUCUGAUCAGGAAGAACUGUGAUGUUGACGGUUUCUCAUUUGGGGUAUGGGGCAAGAAAGAAUUAGAGUAUCGGAAUGCUGGAAUGUCGGUGGAUGAAUCUGCUGGCUUAGCUGGUCACUCAUGCAUAUGGCCAUAUAUGAUAACAAAACGAUGUGAGGGGAAUAUGUUUGCAGAGUUAAGAGACAGAUUAACAUGGGAAGACAUAACAAACUUGGCCUCCUUCUUGGGGGAGCAGCUGUGUCAUCUUCAUCUUUUGCCAUAUCCACCUUUAAAUAUUUCAUAUUUCUCUGAUAUUGAACAUGAAUUAAGCUUGGCUGAGGCUAAUGGUUGUAUUGCAACUGUUGGUUGUAAAUCAAAUGCUGCAGCAGAAUGGGAAGUCUUCACUAGAACUUUAACAAAGAAGAUGAAGGGUCUGUCAAGCCGUUUGACCAAGUGGGGGGAUCCAAUUCCUAAGAAACUGAUAGAUAAAAUUGAUGAAUAUAUCCCACCUGAUUUUGCUCAGCUGCUAAAUAUGGAUGAGAAUUCGGGAACUGGUGCUUGUAAACCUUGCUCCUGGAUACACAAGGAUAUUAUGGAUGACAACAUUUACAUGGAACCAUCAUCGGUUUGCUUGACCUCUAGUAGGAAUACUGAAGAUACUGCCCAGGUGGACAGUGGUUUGUUGCACAACUAUGAUGAAGUGAAAUUGUGGCGUCCUAGUCAUAUUCUUGAUUUCAGUGAUGUUUCGAUUGGUGAUCGUCUUUUUGACUUGAUACCAAUUUAUUUAGAUGUGUUUAGAGGAGAUUCGUAUCUUCUUAAGCAUUUUUUAGAAAGUUACAGACUUCCUUUUGCUAGUAACAUAUCAAAGUACGAGUCAACAGAGGGUGGUCAGAAGUUUGGCCGACUUUCAUAUGUUGCCAUGUGCUAUUGUAUCUUGCAUGAUGAGAAUGUCUUGGGGGCUAUUUUUAGCAUUUGGGAAGAACUGAGAUCAGCAAAGUCAUGGGAAGAAGUUGAGCAGACAGUGUGGGGAGAAUUGAACAAUUACAGAGGCUUUCCUUGACCAUUGGCUGGCAUUUAAAUUUUUUUGGAGCCUCAAUGCACCUCAGAGCUCCAGUGAUCCUAUGUUUUAACUUAUCCAAUAGGCAAUAGCCGGGAAAUAUAGAUAGAGAUGGAGGGACAGUGAGAAUGAGGGAGAGAGCAAUUUAACACAUAAAUUGGAUGGCCGUUAGAUUUUUUAGAUUACAUUCUGUUAGAUAAUUUAUAAUAAAGUUUCCCUCGCUGUGUUGUUGACGUGGUUGUGCAGUUGCAUUUUUUUUUCCAUUGCUUAAAUGAACACUGUUGAAUGGCCAUUUUUUCCCCUACAAAUUCAAGACUACAAUAUAUGAAUAUAUUCUGAUAGGUAUUUCUU